AUGGCGGCAGUUGACCUAGAUGUUCAGACUGUCAUCCUGACUACAACAUCAGACCUAGUUGUUCAGACUGUCAUCCUGACUACAACAUCAGACCUAGAUGUUCAGACUGUCAUCCUGACUACAACAUCAGACCUAGAUGUUCAGACUGUCAUCCUGACUACAACAUCAGACCUAGAUGUCAAGACUGUCAUCCUGACUACAACAUCAGACCUAGAUGUUCAGACUGUCAUCCUGACUACAACAUCAGACCUAGAUGUUCAGACUGUCAUCCUGACUACAACAUCAGACCUAGUUGUUCAGACUGUCAUCCUGACUACAACAUCAGACCUAGAUGUUCAGACUGUCAUCCUGACUACAACAUCAGACCUAGUUGUUCAGACUGUCAUCCUGACUACAACAUCAGACCUAGAUGUUCAGACUGUCAUCCUGACUACAACAUCAGACCUAGAUGUUCAGACUGUCAUCCUGACUACAACAUCAGACCUAGAUGUUCAGACUGUCAUCCUGACUACAACAUCAGACCUAGAUGUUCAGACUGUCAUCCUGACUACAACAUCAGACCUAGAUGUUCAGACUGUCAUCCUGACUACAACAUCAGACCUAGAUGUUCAGACUGUCAUCCUGACUCAACAUCAGACUAACCUAGAUGUUCAGACUGUCAUCCUGACUACAACAUCAGACCUAGUUGUUCAGACUGUCAUCCUGACUACAACAUCAGACCUAGAUGUCAAGACUGUCAUCCUGACUACAACAUCAGACCUAGAUGUUCAGACUGUCAUCCUGACUACAACAUCAGACCUAGAUGUUCAGACUGUCAUCCUGACUACAACAUCAGACCUAGUUGUUCAGACUGUCAUCCUGACUACAACAUCAGACCUAGAUGUUCAGACUGUCAUCCUGACUACAACAUCAGACCUAGAUGUUCAGACUGUCAUCCUGACUACAACAUCAGACCUAGAUGUCAAGACUGUCAUCCUGACUACAACAUCAGACCUAGAUGUUCAGACUGUCAUCCUGACUACAACAUCAGACCUAGAUGUUCAGACUGUCAUCCUGACUACAACAUCAGACCUAGUUGUUCAGACUGUCAUCCUGACUACAACAUCAGACCUAGAUGUUCAGACUGUCAUCCUGACUACAACAUCAGACCUAGAUGUUCAGACUGUCAUCAUCCUGACUACAACAUCAGACCUAGAUGUUCAGACUGUCAUCCUGACUACAACAUCAGACCUAGAUGUUCAGACUGUCAUCCUGACUACAACAUCAGACCUAGAUGUCAAGACUGUCAUCCUGACUACAACAUCAGACCUAGAUGUUCAGACUGUCAUCCUGACUACAACAUCAGACCUAGAUGUCAAGACUGUCAUCCUGACUACAACAUAA